AUGAGGAAGCAGAGCGCGCGCACCGCCGCGCUCGUCCUCUGCAUCCUGUCCUACCUGCUGGUGGGCGCCGCGGUCUUCGACGCGCUCGAGUCCGAGGCGGAGCGCGGCCGCCGGCGGCUGCUGGCCCAGAAGCGCGGCGAGUUCCGCAGGAAGUACGGCUUCUCGGCCGACGACUACCGGGAGCUGGAGCGCCUGGCGCUGCAGGCCGAGCCGCACCGCGCCGGCCGCCAGUGGAAGUUCGCCGGCUCCUUCUACUUCGCCAUCACCGUCAUCACCACCAUCGGGUACGGCCACGCGGCGCCGGGCACGGACUCGGGCAAGGUGUUCUGCAUGUUUUACGCGCUGCUGGGCAUCCCCCUGACGCUGGUCACCUUCCAGAGCCUGGGCGAGCGGCUGAACGCGCUGGUGCGGCGCCUGCUGCUGGCGGCCAAGCGCUGCCUGGGCCUGCGGCGUCCGCGUGUGUCCGCCCAGAACAUGGUGGUGGCCGGGCUGCUGGUGUGCACGGUCACCCUGGCCCUCGGGGCGGCCGCCUUCGCGCACUUCGAGGGCUGGACCUUCUUCCACGCCUAUUACUACUGCUUCAUCACCCUCACCACUAUCGGCUUCGGCGACUUCGUGGCCUUGCAGAGCGACGAGGCGCUGCAGAGGAAGCCUCCCUACGUGGCCUUCAGCUUCCUGUACAUCCUGCUGGGGCUCACGGUCAUCGGCGCCUUCCUCAACCUGGUGGUCCUGCGCUUCCUGGCCGCCGAGGUGCCCGAGCGCGCCGCCCGCCGUGCCAGCCUCCGCCGCCCGGGGGCGCCCGACAGCCGCGUCCGGCUUGGAUGCCGCCCACCGGCCCGGGAUGCACGGGGCUCCGCCUGCACUGCCCACCGAAUCCGCCCGCUGGAGACCUGGGCCCGUGACAACCCCGGAUUCUCGCCCCCCACGAGUCCCGAGGCCGUAACCCGACCCUGCACAGCGGACAGACCCCCAGCCAGGAGGAUGUCCAUCUGA